AUGCCGGUGGGACGCGGCUCAUUAAGAGGCCGAAGGGUGAUUACAAUGCCAAAUAAACCGUCCGGAGUGAUUGCCUUGCGUGGAAAAAAGCAAGUUGGUGCCUUAUCUUCAGGGGAAAGAGGCGCCCUUGUGACUGCUGAGAUCUGCAUGAAUGCAGCUGGCAACUUCAUGCCGACCAUGUUUAUUUUCCCGCGAAAAAGGGAAAACCCUAUGCUUUUGGAUGACGAACCGCCUGGAUCAUUUUCCGUGUACCAUGAAAGUGGAUGGAUCCAAAAGGAAACUUUCGUCAUCUGGUUUAAGAGAUUCAUUGAGUUUGCUCGUCCUACAGCUGAAAAACCAGUGCUUUUAAUUCUAGACGGACAUACUUCACACACGAAAAAUUUAGAACUCAUCAGACUAGCACGAGACAGCCACGUUAUCAUCCUAUGCUUCCCUCCGCAUUUUACGCAUCGAAUGCAACCCCUAGACGUCUCUUUCAUGGCACCUUUAAUGUCAUAUUAUGAACAGGAGUCACGAAAGUGGUUGAUUAAUCACCCUGGACGCACAGUGACCAUUUAUCAGGUUGCAAAACUGUAUAAGGAUGCCUUCUUAAGAGCAGCUGUGCCACAAACUGCUUUAAGUGGUUUUGCAAAAACGGAAAUAUUCCCCUUUAAUAGAGAUGCUUUUCCUGAUCACGUGUAUGCACCAUCGGAUACCACGGAAAGACAUUUGGAGCAGGAAGGUCCAGCUGAUGAGUCCCGCUCUCGAGCACCAAAAAAAAACCAGCAACAGAAGAAGAGGAAAAACUGCCAUCCUGACUUCCUCGCCCUACAAAAAAGAGCUAGAAACGGAGUCUCUUAUUCCAAAAACGAAACGAGUAAAGAAAAAUGUUUCUAA